GGGAAGGUUUCAAAAUAAAAGCUGCGGAUGUGGCGAGAGGGAGAGGACAUCCGGGAAGGUAGGUGGCAGUGUGGCUGCCAUGGUAACAAGCUAGCACGAGAUAAAGGAGAUGACAACAUGCGUCAAAUGAUAAACUCGCCCGGCAACAGGAGAUAAUACCGAGAGACUGCCGAGUUGUCCCGCAUGGUUCAGUAACAUCACCUGUUGUCUGUUGGUGUCCAAUCAGACAUCGCACGUAAACGGUGAGCGAUGGCGGUUGAAGAAUUUGUGUCAAAGACACUUGAGCUUCUAGAGGUGGAGAGGGAAGCAGAAAUAGAGGAGACCAGGCUUUGGCAGGAGAACAUUUCUCUCAAGGAUCUUCAAGCUAAAGGCGUUUGCCUGCUGAAACUGCAGAUAGGAAGUCAGUCCACAGGCUUGUAUGGCCGCACAGUCGUCAUCCUAGAGCCAAGAAAGCAUCUUGGUUUCUCAUCUCUACCAAGCAACAGCUUUGGACCUGGUGAUAUCAUUGGCUUGUACGACUCUGGCGGAUGCACCGCGGCCUCUCAGAUUGGCUCAGGGAUCGUGACGAGGGUCAGCCAAGCUUCUAUAAGUGUGGCCUUCGAUGAUUCAAAGGAUGGGCUCAGUUUUGAUUCAGAUGCUCUCUACAGCCUUUUAAAGUUGGCAAAUGACGUCACCUACAAACGAAUGAAAAAUGCCUUGAAUGCAUUAAAUAGAUAUAACAAUGGACCAGCAGCCAAUCUGAUCCAUGUUCUUUUUGGAGAUACAAAACCUUCUUCUCAAUCACAGCCAAAUGAAGUUGAAUUCUUUAACUUGAACCUGGAUAGUUCCCAAAGAGAAGCCGUGUCCUUUGCUUUGUCUCAGAGAGAAUUGGCUGUGAUUCAUGGACCUCCGGGAACUGGGAAAACCACCACAGUUGUGGAGACCAUACUGCAAGCAGUCAAACAAGGCCAAAAGGUCCUGUGCUGUGCCCCAUCUAAUGUGGCUGUGGAUAAUUUGGUGGAGCGGUUAGCCAGGUGCAAGGCCAAAGUCCUGAGGCUGGGUCACCCUGCCCGACUGCUGGAGUCCAUUCAGAAACAUUCACUGGAUGCCAUCCUCGCUCAGAGCGACAAUGCAAACAUCAUCACUGACAUCCGCAAAGACAUUGAUAAAGCUUUUAUUGGAAUGAAGAAGAAGUCUCAUGAAAAAGGAGAGCGGGUGAACUUCAGAAGAGAAAUAGGGGAGCUGAGGAAAGAGCUUAAAACCAGGGAAGCAACGGCCAUCGCCCAGAUCCUGAAAAGUGCUGAUGUUGUGUUAUCCACCAACACAGGUGCUGCUGAUGGCGGCCCACUGAAGUACCUGCCAGCGGAGCAUUUUGAUUGGGUGGUGAUUGAUGAGUGCGCUCAGGCCCUGGAAAGCAGCUGCUGGAUUGCCCUGCUCAGAGCACGCAAGUGCAUCCUGGCUGGUGACUACAAGCAGUUACCACCUACCAUCAAAUCACAAACCGCUGCAUCAAAGGGCUUGUCUCUCAGUCUGAUGGAGAGACUUAUCCAGAUGUAUGGGGACUCUGUGGUCCGUAUGCUGACAGUUCAGUACCGCAUGAACAGUGCCAUCAUGGACUGGGCCUCCAAAGAAAUGUACCAGGGUCGACUGACUGCUCACAGCUCCGUGGAGAGACAUUUAUUAAAAGAUCUACCAGGAGUCGUCUGUGUUGAAGAGACCAGCACGCCGCUCCUUCUGAUCGACACUGCAGGCUGUGGUCUGAGUGAAAUGGAGCUCCCAGAUGAACAGUCCAAAGGGAAUCAAGGUGAGGUCGACAUUGUUGAUCUGCACAUACAGGCUUUGACUGAAGCUGGAGUCAAAGCCAAAGACAUUGCCGUUAUUGCUCCCUACAACUUACAAGUCGAUCUUCUGCGUCAGAAGUUGUCUUCGAGGCAUCCGGAUCUCGAGAUAAAGUCGGUGGAUGGAUUCCAGGGCAGAGAGAAGGAGGCUGUGGUGUUGUCGUUAGUCCGAUCAAACAGAAAAGGUGAAGUUGGCUUUCUGGCAGAGGACAGAAGAAUCAAUGUGGCUGUUACACGUGCAAGACGCCACAUCGCCGUGGUCUGCGACACACAGACUGUCCAGAAUCAUGCUUUCUUGAAGUCUCUGAUUGGUCAUAUGACUGAGUUUGGUGAGGUCAGAACAGCUUUUGAGUACAUCCAAGAUAUCGUGCCACAGAACUACACCCGUGACCACAAAGACACAAGUGCUAAUAUGUCCAGGUCUGCCAGCAGCUCCACAUCUGCCAAACAAAGGGUCAAAGAUCAAGCUCCCAGCAAGAUGAAGCAAGGACAGAAGAAAUCCACCAAUAGCAGUAGUAAGGAAAAUACUGCUGGUUCAGAGAAGCACACAAAAUCCCGCACGUCAACACUGACGGAAAAGGAACAGAACAAAAACACAUACGCUGAGAUCCGAGAGCAGGUGGACAACUUUUUGAAGGACAUAAACCGGAGCGAGUUACAAUUCCCAUCCUCGUUUAACUCUCAUGACCGCUUGCUGGUCCACCAGAUCGCUGAGGAGCUGGGCCUCGUGCAUGAGAGUCGAGGUGAAGGGAAAGACAGGUGCAUCACUGUCUACAGGCCCCCGGGGUCGGCACCAGCCAAGGAGCCAACACAAGCACAAGCACAAGAAGAAGAGGAAGAAGCCCGGGAAGACAAGACGAUCCCUGAUCCCCAAAGUGAGAAGCCGUGUCGACCUCCAUUAGAUUUGAAAAAUUUGCAUUUGGAGCGAAUGAAGAGGGAGCAACAGAAAAGAGAAGAACAUGCUCAACAGAAGAAGCAGCAAAACAGCGUCCCACCAGCUCAGACCCAAUCAUCCAAGAAGGCCAAAGGAAAGAACCGAACAAAGGCAGGCGCCAGUGACAUCGCUGCUGCCGCGGCUCCCGAGGACGACUUCGACACACUCAUCAAUGCCGUCGUGAAGGCUGAGAGUGUGUGUAGUUUCGUCAAGUGUAAAGCCUCAGUGCUCACCCUUGGGCAGCUUUGUAUGUUUUGCAACAGACAGUACUGUCUCAGUCAUCACAUACCAGAGGUUCACGGCUGUGGAGACAAAGCCAAGUCUCAUGCUCGGAUGAGAAUAAGCAAAGAAGGCGUCCUGUACGCCGGCAGUGGGAAGAAAGACAAAUCCAUGGAUCCUAAUAAGAAAGCGUAUCUGCAAAGAAAACUUGAUUCCAAACUAAAAGAUAUGGCAUCACAGAGGAAACCAAAAACCAAUGAAAAGGACGGUUAAUGUCCCUGAAUCAAUGCAGCACCUUUUGAAACAAGAUUAAGCAAUGGAAGUUGUUGAAAGUGUUUAUAGUCUUGUUUAAUAAAUUGUACAUAAGUCAUACAAUAAAGUAUGGUAUCGUUCA